AAAAAAAUCCCUCCCCCUUUGCCUUCUUCCCAUCCACUUCUCUCUUCCUCGGUUACUAUUCAACUUUCCGACCACCAAAACCCUAAAACCCUACACAAAACCUCAGUUCCUUCCUGUAUCCCACAUCUACACUCGCAGUUCCUUUUAUCUUCAAUGGCAUGACCCCUUCCGCAUCUUCUUUCACUGUUCCUUUCCUCGAUUCCAUGGCUCUUUCCUCCACCCUCCGCUUCUCUUCUUCUCUCUUCCAGCACCACCUUCCUCUCUCCCCCACGCGAUUCGCUUUCCUCCGCUACCAUUUCCCCGGUCAUUUCCGUCCCAUCUCUGCAUUCCCCUCUGCCGGGACCCGCUUCAACCCCAUCCAAGCGCGUCGCAGGGACGAUGCCGACGGCCAGAAUGGGAGUCUGCUUGCGAAGGAUUCCGACGAUAGUGGCAGAGAUGGGCGCGUGGUUCCUACCGAGCUUCACAAAGAGGCCACUGAGGCCUACAUGUCCUAUGCCAUGUCGGUUCUGCUCGGAAGGGCUUUGCCGGAUGUCAGGGACGGGUUGAAGCCUGUCCACCGGAGGAUAUUAUUCGCCAUGCAUGAACUGGGUCUCUCAUCGAAGAAGCCGUUCAAGAAGUGUGCUAGAGUUGUUGGUGAGGUGCUUGGUAAGUUUCACCCGCAUGGAGAUAGUGCCGUCUAUGAUGCAUUAGUGAGAAUGGCCCAGGAUUUCUCGUUAAGGUGUCCACUCAUCCAAGGCCAUGGGAAUUUCGGGUCCAUUGAUGCAGAUCCAGCUGCUGCUAUGCGUUAUACAGAAUGCAGGCUGCAAGCACUGACGGAAGCAGUUUUGCUGGCUGAUCUGGAACAAGAUACGGUUAAUUUUGUGCCCAAUUUUGAUAAUUCCCAAAAGGAACCGUCACUUUUGCCAGCUCGUCUUCCAAAUCUGUUGUUGAAUGGUUCUUCUGGAAUUGCGGUUGGCAUGGCAACCAAUAUUCCUCCCCAUAACCUUGGAGAGGUGGUGGAUGUCCUAUGCGCAUUAAUUCACAACCCAGAAGCCACUUUGCAAGAACUCUUGGAAUACAUGCCAGGGCCUGAUUUCCCUACUGGAGGUCUAAUUAUGGGAAAUGUAGGGUAUGGAGAGUUCUUAUUCUGACUUUGUUCUUUCAAGCAUUGAUUUAAAGCAUCGCCCUUUUUUUUUUUUUUUACUUUGCUGCAAGUGAAAUCUCCUAGAUAUUUUUCUGUAGUAUGCAUGAAAUUUUUAUUCCUACUAUGAUAUUUUCUAGGCGUAGUUUAGCAAAUCUUGUUUGAUAUCAUUGGGGAAUGAGUAUAACUGAGGAUCACGGUACCACUAUAAGAUGUGUAUAUAUUUGUCUAUAAGGAGUGUGCCACAGGAAACCAGAAAGUUAAGAGUGUGUUAACGUAUUUUAUACAUCGUCAUCUAUUUGUUGUGUUGUGAAGCUUAGAAAGAUGCAGAGAAGGGUAAUAUGAAAGAGAUCCGAGGCUCUUAUUAGGAUGUUUACUUAUUAUAGAUUGACCUGUGAUAAACUUAUGAUUUAUGAAGAUCAGAAACUUGUUGUUAUUUCUUUGUCAUUGGCAUUUACAGAGUAUAGAGAGCGUUACUGAUAUCCGUGAUGAAAGUGAUCGUACUGCUGAAACGUGGAGCAGAACCAGCGCUUGUCUUGAAUAAUCUUUAUCGUCUAACUCAGCUUCAAACUAGUUUUAGCUGCAACAUGGUUAGGCCACACUUAUUGUAUGCAGGAGAGAGAGAUCUUUAGUUAUGAGUAUGAGCAUGUUUUAAUUGAUGGAAAGAGCAUGUAUUCUGGAUGGACAACCUAAACAGAUGGGACUGAAAGAAUUGCUUCAGGCAUUUUUAGACUUUAGAUGCUCUGUUGUUGAGCGACGUGCGCGGUUCAAACUUUCACAAGCUCAGGAGAGGAGACAUAUCGUUGAGGGUAUCGUGGUGGGGCUUGAUAAUUUGGAUCACAUAAUUCAAAUCAUUAAGAAAUCUUCCAGCAAUUCAGCUGCAUCUAGUAGUCUUAUGAAUGAAUUCAAUAUUUCAAGUAAGCAAGCUGAAGCUAUAUUAGAUAUAAGCCUCCGAAGGCUCACCCAUCUCGAGAGAAGUAAAUAUGUAGAUGAAAAGAAAUCUCUUAUGGAACAAAUCUCAAAACUAGAGGAGCUACUAUCAAGCAAGGGGAAAAUGUUACAGCUCAUAGAACAAGAAGCUGUUGAGCUCAAGCACAAGUUUUCAAACCCAAGGCGCUCUAUGUUGGAAUAUUCUGAUGACGGGCAGCUUGAAGAUAUAGAUGCUAUUCCAAAUGAAGAAAUUCUGUUGGUUUGUGACCCUAAGAAUCCUUAAAUUUCUUAAUUUCUUAUGCUCUUUUGAAUGAAUUUAUUUACUUCAUGGUGUCACGUGUGUAUUGUUGAUUGGUUUCAACAGAAUGGACUUCUAUGCUGAAGUAUUCUUGUUUGUGUGACUUACAGGCUAUCAGCGAAAAGGACUGUCCAGUUGAUAAAUUUAUUGAUUUGUAUGUAUUAUGUCAACGUUUCCAUAAUGAUAAUGGCAGAUGAAUUGCUAAUCAUUGCUGGUUGACCUGACAUUUCCCAUUUGAUAAUGGGUUGGUCUAGACAUUUUUAUCAUGAUAUUUCAUUGAGCUUUAAAUGUAACCUUACUUUUGCAGUGACAAAGGUAUAGUCUACUCAUCACGUGCUUACAAAAUUCCUGAAUGCACCAGGAGUGCUGCUGGUACUCCUCUGGUUCAGAUAUUAUCAUUAUCUGAUGGUGAGAGAAUAACGUCCAUAAUUCCUGUGAGCGAAUUCCCCGAGGAUCAGUAUCUACUGAUGCUCACAGUCAAUGGGUACAUCAAGAAAGUAUCUAUGAAUGUCUUCUCAGCCAUACGCUCAACUGGAAUAAUAGCAAUUCAAUUGGUUCCUGGUGAUGAGCUGAGGUGGGUGCGCUGUUGCACAAAUGACGAUCUUGUUGCUAUGGCUUCACAAAAUGGAUAUGUUAUCCUAAGUUCCUGUGACAAAAUCCGGGCACUAAGCAGGAAUACUAGAGGGGGAGUGGCCAUGAGACUAAAAGAAGGUGAUAAGAUGGCAAGUGUGGACAUCAUACCAGCUGCGAUGAGGGAAGACUUGGAAAGGGCGUUAGAAGAUCCAGCCAACAAUAAGGGCAGUGGUCCAUGGCUGUUGUUCAUCUCUGAGAGUGGCCAUGGGAAGAGGGUUCCUCUAAGCAGCUUCAACAUACUGCCUCUAAACAGAGUUGGUUUAAUUGGCUCUAAGUUUUCCGAGGAGGAAGGACAUUUGGCAGCAGUGUUUGUGGUUGGUUUCUCACAAGCAGAGGAUGGUGAAAGUGAUGAACAAGUAGUUCUAGUUAGUCAAAGUGGCACCGUGAAUAGAAUCAAAGUCCGCGACAUUUCUAUACAGUCACGCUAUGCAAGGGGAGUGAUUUUGAUGAGACUUGAGUAUGCCGGAAAGAUUCAAUCAGCGUCGCUAAUAUCUGCGAUGGAGGCUGAAGCAGAUGAUGAACAAACAGUAACAGCAGAAGAUGAAGCAGCAGCAGGUGUUUUGGUGGCUUCCCAGUGAUCCUAUUUUGGACAUGUGGUAACGAACUUGUACAGCGGCCCUUUUGUGUAAGUUGUCAUUUGUAUUUGUCCGGAUACAAACUCUCCACUGAUAAUUUUAGUGCUAUAUGGUGAUGUAAGAUGGCCUAUGGUUUUGUUAAAUAGUGAAAGAAGGGACUAUGUAUAAUUCAGUAGUUAUUUAGGCCGUUGAGGGCUUGGUUGGGUUUUGUCAAACUCGAACCCAAAUUCAUGGAUAUAUCUGCAACAACACUUAGGAAAAAAUUCAAUUGAUUUGGAAAAUUCAAACCCAAACCGCUGGGUAUUGAUGGGGUCAUGGAUACCCAUGGGUUA